CGGCACCCUAGCCGAAAAAGAGCCUGAGCCGAGGCCGGAAGCACUCGGAAGUCACGUGCUCCCCGGGCCGCGCCUGGGAUUGGCUGGGAAGGACGCGAGUGAUGCCGCUGUGAUUGCUGAAUUGUCUGGGCAGGUCUCCCGAAGUCCGGGAAGAGGAAGAGGAGGACGAGUCCUGCUUUCCUGGUGAUCCUGUGGCCACACCCCCUCGGGAACCCCGAAUGCCCCCUUCGGGUGUCACCAGCAUGGAGUUCUGAAGUCCAUGUGGCUCGUCUCAGUGAACCAGGCCCUCAGGAAAAUGCAGAGACGCCACAGCAGCAACACAGAUAACGUUCCACCUGAAAGAAGCCGCAGCCAGGCGCUCAGCUCCGAGGCCAGUGUGGAUGCCGCGGGCGUCUUCGAGAGUCUGAAGGCGGAAGCGACCACCCCCACGACCCUCUUCUCGGGGCUGCCCGCCACGCCCUUCCCGUCCAGCCUGGUGCUGGGCUCGGCGGCCGGCGGCGGGGACGUGUUCCUCCAGAUGCCCGCGUCCAGGGAGGAGGGCGGCGGCCGCGGCGAGGGGGGCGCCUACCACGCCCGCCAGCCCCACCACCACUUCCACCACGGGGCGCACCGCGGGGGCUCGCUGCUGCAGCACGUGGGCGGGGACCACCGCGCGCACCCCGAGGAGGGCGGCGACGAGCAGCCGGGCACGCCCGCGCCGGCGCUGUCCGAGCUGAAGGCCGUCAUCUGCUGGCUGCAGAAGGGGCUGCCCUUCAUCCUCAUCCUGCUGGCCAAACUCUGCUUCCAGCACAAGCUCGGCAUCGCCGUGUGCAUCGGGAUGGCCAGCACCUUCGCCUACGCCAACUCCACGCUCCGAGAGCAAGUGUCCUUGAAGGAGAAGAGGUCGGUGCUGGUGACGCUGUGGAUCCUGGUCUUCCUGGCGGGCAACACCCUGUAUGUGCUCUACACCUUCAGCUCCCAGCAGCUGUACUACAGCCUCAUAUUCCUGAAGCCCAACCUGGACACGCUGGACUUCUUUGACCUGCUGUGGAUCGUGGGCAUCGCCGACUUCGUGCUGAAGUUCAUCACCAUCGGCCUCAAGUGCCUCGUCGUGGCCCUGCCCAAGAUCAUCCUGGCCGUCAAGUCCAAGGGCAAGUUCUAUCUGGUCAUCGAAGAGCUGAGCCAGCUGUUCCGCUCGCUGGUCCCCAUCCAGCUGUGGUACAAAUACAUCCUGGGCGACGAGUCGGCCAACAGCUACUUCCUGGGCGGGGUGCUGAUCGUGUUGUACAGCCUCUGCAAGUCCUUCGACAUCUGCGGCCGUGUGGGCGGAGUGAGGAAAGCCCUGAAACUUCUCUGCACCCCUCAGAACUACGGAGUGCGGGCCACUGGGCAGCAGUGCACAGAAGCCGGUGACAUCUGUGCCAUCUGCCAGGCGGAGUUCAGGGACCCUCUGAUCCUGAUGUGCCAGCAUGUGUUCUGCGAGGAGUGCCUGUGUCUGUGGCUGGACCGCGAGCGCACCUGCCCGCUGUGCCGCUCGGUGGCCGUGGACACGCUGCGCUGCUGGAAGGACGGAGCCACGUCUGCGCACUUCCAGGUGUACUAGGCGAGGGGGCCCUGCAGACGCCUUGGACCAGGCUGGGCUCCGCCCCGCCCCUUCAUUCUCCACGCCCCGCCCCUUCAUUCUCUAUACCCCGCCCCUUUCUCCUCCACGCCCCGCCCUCUCCUCCACGCCCCGCCCCUCUCCUCUAUGCCCUGCCCCUUCUUUCCGCCCCGCCCCCUUCCUCGGUUCCAGGCUGCAGUGUAUCCCCUUCCCUCUCCUAACCCAGACUCAGUCUCCCCUCUGGGGGGGGAGUCUGUUAGAUAAUGAGCACCCCCCAGUUGGCUAUUGUCACUCCCCAUAGCCUGAUUCAUGGGGCUUCCAUGUGGGAGGGGCCCAAGGAGCACGCGCUUCCCCGCCCCCCCAGCUAGUCUGCAGGAGAAGGAGCAUCCAGGUGCAGGUGGAGGGACCCUCUCCUCCCAGCUGCAGUAAGGUAAGCGCCCCCAGCCCCCGUAAACGGCUUCCUGUACGUUCUCCAAAGCCCUGGGGCAGCUCCAUUCUCCUUCCUUCCACUGUGCAGAAGGGGAAACUGAGGCCCGGAGCUCCCAGGGCCUCCUGGCUCAGUUGCUGACCGAGUGUCCAGCCCUCGGCUCAGGACGUCAGGGCGCAGUGGGGUUUCCACAGCGCUCAUGCGCCGUGUUCUGAGCUGGACACUGUUUGCUGAGGGCCGCACUGAGUGGAGGGUCAGCCCCGGUUCCUGAACUCCGCCGCUGGCCUAUGGACAGACACUGCUUCGUAACGCCACUUCCCGAGUUCUCCAGCCAUGCCUGGGGCCAGUUAAGUGACAAGAACUUGGCCUCGUGGCCCGGCUGUGGACGCCACAGGGACCCCACGCCCAAGAUUCAUCCUCUCCUGCCUGGAGACGUCUCUCCCUCACCGAAGCCUCAGGCUGGUCAGCAGCUCCCGUGGCCGCUGCCUGCCCCUCACCCCUCCAUCCUGGGCGCCCUCAGAGAAGAGGGACCGUCUGGGUUACGGGUGUUUUUCCACCGCCCUGGAGCCAGGGGCAGCUGCGGUCUCUGCCUCAAAGCAGCUUCUCCACCCGGGACCACCUGCUUUGAAGCCAUGGAGAUGACCCAAGUGGUCGCUCGAAGCCCCUGGCGUCUCCCCACUCUGUUAUCUGUCUAUCAGUCCUGCUCAGAUGCCAGGUGGGCUCGUCCCAAGCCCCCCCCCCCACCCCUCCUCAAGGUCCAGGACAUGACUCCUGGGUGCCUCCGAGCCAGGCCUUCCCCUCGGCCUCAAUCCCCACCUCCUCCCUGGUACCCAGCCAGGCAGCCCGGCCUGGGCAGCGGGGCAGCUUCCAAGCCCCGUCGCCAUGGCAACGGCGGAGAUGCUAUCCUCUCACCUGCCUGGAUAAUCAAGUCCAAAGGGGAAGGGGAGGAAACUGCUCUGUUCUCGUCCUCCCUCGAGGAAGGACCCGAGGGAGACACGGCAGGAGCCUUUGCAGCUGGUUCUGAUCGGGCGCGCCCGGCCCGAGGGUGCGCUGCCCGAGAAACAAGAAUCGAGUGGGGGUCCUUGGAAGACCCUGGAAAAACCAGAUUCCAGCAUCCACAGGGGGAGAUGGAGCGGACCAGGAACUGGGAUCCCAGUUCCAAAAACUGCCUGAGACUUUGGGGCGUCACGGCACCUCCCCGUCUCCAUCUCCAGGGUGACAGAACCCAGGGAUUGAGUCGCUGGGACCGGGGAAACGAACACUGUAACCGACGGAUGGAUGACAAGGAUCCUUUUGUGCCGGACACUCAGUCCAGCCCCUGAAACAGGACAGGGACCUUGGUACCAAGGGGAGAAAGGGGAGGAGGGGAAACGGGGGCAGUUGCAGGGCCGGGCAGGUGGGAUGAUUUUGCUCUGGAUUUUGUUUCUUCAUCCCCUGCCAGGGGAGAUUUUCUGGGAAGGGUGGGAGGGAGGAGCAGUGGUUAGCGCCGGUGUCCCCCCCCCCAAGGUCUGGCUGUGGGCUGCCUUUGCCCCUCGGGAGUGAAGACCCCUGCUCUCCUCUCCCUGUCUUUGCUCCGCACGCCUGGGAUCAAGAGAAAGGAUCCUCAUGCCUGUGACUCACCGACCCCAGUUCCACAAAUCUCUUGCCAGCGGCCUUGAGCAGAUUCAGCUCAAGUGUGAGCCGAGGACAGGGCAGCUGAGGGACACCACCCCUGGCCGGCACCGGGGCCACUAAGACCCAGGGUUGAAAGGAGAAAGGUCGGUCCCGGGAUCGUGGGCUGGGAGCUUCCCUGCUGCCAAUGAGUCACCUGUGGCCAGACCGCUUGUCCACGCUGCUGCGUUUCCUUGGACCUCUGCGGCCAGGCUGGAGCUGUUGCACCAGCUCAGAGAGACGUGCACUCAGCACUGGGUCCCCGAUGGACUCAGUUUCCCCCGGCAGGUGCUGUCCAGGUGCAAGCAGGAGAAGCCCAGGCAAGGGCUGGCCCAGGAGAGGGAUGAGGAGGAAGAGAAGCGAAAGAGGGGGUUGGCUGUUUUGCGUUUGGGGGCCACACCCAGCGAUGCUCAGGGCUUACUCCUGGUUAUGCGCUCAAGGGAUCACCCCUGGCAGGUUCAGAGGACUGUAAUAUGGAGGCGGGGGUUGAACCCGGGUUCGAUCCCGAGCAUCAUGCUGUUUGAGGAGACAUCCGGAGGCAGCUGUGGGGGGAGCCCAGGCAUGACUGCAGCUCAGGGGGCCCCACCCUGCGAUUCUUCUCUCUCACGAGCCCCUAGCCGUGGGGGAGUCUCCACGGAGGGCCCCUGCAUCUAUACCAGGUGCCACCCAGAGCGCCGGGGGCAGGGUGGAACCCAGAACUGGCAGAAGGGACUGGCGAGAUCUGGGUGCGACCCAACAAGCUGGUUAAUUCGAUCGAGUUUGUCUACGCCCAGAGUCUGGGGGCUGGUGGAAAGGGCUUCGCCGGGGGAGCGGAUCGUGAAUGAUGGUUUAUCGUGUGAAUGGCGAAGACGUGGUGUGACAGAGAGCACGUGCUCUGCAUGUGUGAGGGACGGUCUGGCUCCUGGCCCCGCAGGCUCCCCCGAGCACUGCCAAGUGUGAUCCCUGCGAAAAAUAAAAUGUAGCUGCUUUGACUGGA